UGGGUGGAUCCAAACAGAUGACGAUGAAUACAUUAUAGAGCCACUGGAAGCUGAGGACCAAUCAGCGUACAACAUGACUGAUGGACAUCUCCACGUCAUGUAUAGGAGGCGGGACUUCAGAUCAGACACGGUUGGAUUGGGUGCUGCUAAUGGAGCAUCAUUCAGCACCAACCUCGUCAACGACACAACCGCCGACCUUCCGCUGUUCGACGAGGAUGACGGUCUCGAACAAGACAGUCAUCCAUCGGGGCAUCGUGCGAAGCGACGAACUGGUCGGUACGCGGCAGGGAGACAGAACUACGUCGAGACAAUGAUCACUGUGGACGCUGCUAUGCAUUCGUUUCAUGGGGAGUCAGCAGUCAACAUCUACGUCAUUACAAUGAUUCAUAUCGUAAGAUCAUCUUCUUGAAUUCAUAUUUUUUCAGAAAGCAGUAAGAUUUUUUUGUAUUUUUAUCAUUGUUUAUUCCAUUUAUUUUAAAGCAAAUUAAGUUCAAUUGUUCACAAGGUACAAUCAUGGCCGAACGCAGAUAUUUUGGGGGUUUCAUGACAUUUACUCCGACGAUAAUUGCUCCGCUGCAAAUUCUACACAUUAAUGGAAUGACCGAGUUCAACCCUGGAUUUAACACUAUACCCUGUCCUAAACCUAACAUAUAACCCUAUUGCAACCCUAACCCUAUAUCUUAGACGAAAUCAAGCCCAGAGCAAAUGUGUCACCAUUUUUUUUCCUAUGGAAGGCAAGGCAAGGCAAAGACAUUUACAUAAUGGGAGAUUAUAACAUUAAUCUUAUUAAUACUGACAAUAAUUACACUCUAAAAUUUAUUAGCUCAUUGCUUUCAUACUCUUUCCACCCGCAUAUUAGUAAUCCGACACGAAUAUCAAGUACGUCUAAAACCCUCAUUGACAAUAUCAUUUCAAAUGUAACUAACAAAAACUUCAUAAAUGGCAUAAUUUAUUCUGACAUUUCGGACCAUUUACCUAUAUUUGUUAUUUCUAAUCAAGCUAAAAUUCAACAACAUACAAAUAAAAACAAAAAAGAAAUGCGCAGAAAAGAAACCCAACGCAACAUCGAUGCACUAAAAACUGAUUUAGCUGAAGAAGAUUGGAAUGAAGUAUUGAACGAAACUAACGCCGAUGUUGCUUAUGAAAUAUUUAUUCAAAAACUCUUACAUUAUUAUAACAAAAACAUACCUCUUGUAAAAGAUAAGGUCCUUAAAAAGAAUAAACAACCAUGGAUCACAAAGGGCAUUAAACGAUCAAUAUCAACACGGAAUAAACUCUAUAAGCAAGCUCUAAAAACUCAAUGUAAGGUAAAAUUUGACAAAUACAAAAAAUAUAGAAAUAAAUUGACAUCCAUUAUUCGUCUAUCUCGAAAACUGUACUAUUCAAAAAAUAUAGAGGAAAACGCAAAUAAUGUUACUUUUUUAUGGAAAACUGUCAACGAUCUCUUAGGUAAGAAAAAACAUGAUAUUGCAAAUAGUUUUAAUGUUGAUGGUCAAGAAAUUACUAACCCAGAAAAAAUUUCAAAUGCAUUCAAUGAUUAUUUCACUAAUGUAGGUCCCAAUCUGGCCUUAAACAUUCAUGUAAAUGAUUCACAUUUCACUAAAUUCCUAUCUCCAGCAUGUGAAAACUCACUCUUUUUAAGACCAACUAAUGAACUUGAAAUAAUUAGUAUUGUUCAACAACUGAAAUCUAGCAAGUCUUGUGGGCAUGACGGAAUUAGUGUUUAUUUGCUUAAACAAAUUAUUCAUUACAUUGCUCAUCCACUAUCCAAUAUAUUUAAUCUCUCUCUUUCAACAGGCAAAUGCCCGGAUUCCCUGAAACUCGCAAAAGUAAUACCAAUUUAUAAAAAAGAAGAUUCCUCCUUAAUCAGCAAUUACAGGCCCAUAUCUUUACUACCAUCAAUAUCUAAAUUAUUGAAAAAAUUAUUUAUAAACGACUCUUUACUUUUCUGAAAAACAA